GAUGCCCGCGAUCGCGGUGCUGGCGGCGGCGGCCGCGGCGUGGUGCUUCCUGCAGGUGGAGAGCCGGCACCUGGACGCGCCGGCGGGGGGCGCGGGCCCCAACAACGGCAAUUUCCUAGACAAUGACCAGUGGCUGAGCACCGUCUCCCAGUACGACCGGGACAAGUACUGGAACCGCUUUCGAGACGAAGUUGAGGAUGAUUAUUUCAGAAACUGGAAUCCCAACAAGCCCUUUGACCAAGCCCUGGACCCCUCCAAAGACCCCUGCCUGAAGGUGAAGUGCAGCCCUCACAAAGUAUGUGUGACCCAGGACUACCAGACUGCCCUGUGUGUCAGCCGCAAGCACCUGCUCCCCAGGCAAAAGAAGGGGAAUGUGGCCUACAAACACUGGGUUGGCCCUUCGAACCUGGUGAAGUGCAAGCCCUGUCCCGCGGCGCAGUCAGCCAUGGUCUGCGGCUCUGAUGGCCACACCUAUACUUCCAAGUGCAAGUUGGAGUUCCAUGCUUGUUCUACUGGCAAAAGCCUCAACAUCCUCUGUGAUGGGCCCUGUCCGUGUCUCCCGGAGCCUGAGCCAUCAAAACACAAGACAGAAAAGAAUGCCUGCACGGAUAAGGAGUUGAGGAACCUCGCUUCCCGGCUGAAAGACUGGUUUGGAGCCCUUCACGAGGAUGCCAACAGAGUCAUCAAGCCCACCAGCUCUGACGGAGCCCAAGGCAGAUUUGACACCAGCAUCCUGCCAAUCUGCAAGGACUCCCUAGGCUGGAUGUUCAACAAGUUGGACAUGAACUAUGACCUCCUGCUUGACCACUCAGAGAUCAAUGCCAUCUACUUGGAUAAGUAUGAGCCCUGCAUCAAGCCUCUCUUCAACUCCUGUGAUUCCUUCAAGGAUGGCAAGCUCUCCAACAAUGAGUGGUGCUACUGCUUCCAGAAGCCUGGAGGUCUCCCUUGCCAGAAUGAAAUGAACAGGAUUCAGAAGCUGAGCAAGGGGAAAAGCCUGUUGGGAGCAUUCAUACCUCGGUGUAAUGAGGAGGGCUAUUACAAAGCCACGCAAUGCCAUGGCAGCACAGGGCAGUGCUGGUGUGUGGAUAAAUAUGGCAACGAGCUGGCUGGCUCCAGGAAACAGGGCACCGUGAGUUGUGAAGAGGAGCAGGAGACCUCAGGGGAUUUCGGCAGUGGCGGCUCCGUGGUCCUGCUGGAUGAUCUAGAGGAUGAACGGGAGCUGGGACCAAAGGACAAGUUGGGGAAGCUGAGGGUGCACACCCGGGCAGUGACAGAGGAUGAUGAGGAUGAGGACGACGACAAAGAGGAUGAGGUCGGCUACAUAUGGUAGUCCCCACAAGGAAGAGGACACGAGGUUGGCACAGAAUUGCAAAUCACUUCCUACUCCUGCAUUUGUAUCUAAGACUCCACAGCACCAAGGCCUCUUCUCCAUUGUUGCUCUCUGUACCUGACCCGAGGUUUGGAAGACCACUCCUUGUCCCCAGAGCAUUCUGGUUAUGCAUACAGUUGUGUGGGAAGAAGGGUGUUGUGUUUUGUGUUUUAGACAGGGGACUGGCUGGCUGAAUUAGAGCCUCCUUCCCUCCCGUGAGAUUUUUGCUAACGAGCAUGUGAUGUAUGUGGGAUUCUGACAGUGCAGGGAGCCCCCACCUUGUAAACGUCGAAGAUGCUUUUUGAUUACCCACACCAAUGGUUAUUCCAGCAUGGUUCCCGGCCUUACGGUGUCUAAGUGCUUUUCUUGUGUCCUGUAGAUGUCGUGGAAAACACACCACACUGUACUUUAUAACCCCCGCCCCCGGUCCCCACCACCCCUCGUGUUAACAAUUAAAAGUUAAAGUUUUUCAUAUCACUAUAUCUGGCUCCCUAUGAACAACAGCCUUAAUUCAGUCAAGAGUUCCUUUGAGGAAUUGAGUUUAUUAAAAAUGGUGUCCGGAUGCUUCUCUGUAUGUGCAUAAAUAUGUAUGUACGUACAGAGUAGACUGUAUAUGUGUACAAGGCACACACACAUCUCUCAGAAAAAGUGUUUCAGUAUCUUCUAAAAACUCAUUUGAAAAACUAUUAAAAAUUUGUCAGCUUGUCCAGACCUGGAUCACAAUUUCUGGAAUAAGAAAUUUGUAUCAAAGUCCCUUAUUGCACUAACAGCACCUGCAGCCUGAGGAGAUUCCUUUCCCUAUGCAUUAGGAGAGUUACUGGAAGCCCUUUGAUUUGGAUAAGUCUCUGUCCCUGAAAUCACUUUUCCUGCAGAAGCCAUGAGACUCCCACAUGGGCAACUUCACAAGCCAUCUUGUUCAUCUCAGCUCAAAGGCCCCCACCCCCACCCUGGGGGCCACAGCAAUGCUGUCUGCCACAGGUUCUCCCCUUCCCCACCUACACAAGGGCUUUUCCCAAGACAUAUAUAAUCCCCUGCCCUCUGAGAAGACAAUACCACAGUGUUCCUUAGCACUAGAAAAUUCAGGAUUCUUAACCUUGUGAUUUGCUUUUGCCCCAUUGCUAUCCGCCAAUCCUAACGAGGGCACAUAAGCUAUACAGAUUUUAGACCACUUCAUUUCUAAAGAAAAAAAUCCCAGAUGAAGGCCAAAAAGAACUUCAUCAUAGCACACAGAAGCUAGGAUUGGAUUUUUAAGAUCUAUCUAUCUCCCCAACUCCUCCCCCCCCCCCGCCCCACCCCACCAAUCGCUGCACCUGCACAAGUGUUGAGAUACUAAUGAAGAAAGCCAUCCACCAGUGUUUCUUUACCCUAAUUGAGCUCAUAAUUCCAGUCUGUCUCCAAAUUUGGUAGGGUCAUUAUCACUAUCAUUUCAAGGAUUUCUGUCCCCAUCAAGCUGGCUCAGAUCUAAGUACCAAAGAAUAAUCUUCAAAGUGGCCCCCAUUUGGUUCAGUUCUUCAGACCCUUAGGUUCCUGCCCUAGCUGGUUUCCAUAUACCUGGCUACCCUAGUCAGCAGCCCCCUCAGUGAGGCUCUCUGGCCCACAUUUGUUUAUCUUCCUUUCCUCCUGAGCUCCAGCCCAUCCACCAGGCAAAAAAUAUACUCAGCCAAACCAUGGUCACCAUGGCAGCUGACCAAUCCCUCCCUCACCUCGAAUUGACCAGUUCUUUGUACUUUACCAACCUGCCUCAAACCAGCAUUUUCCAAUCCUAGCAUUGGCCAAGGUGGCAUCAUUCCUAGAGUUAAUCUCAGAUGAGAAAUGAACAUACAUGGUAUAAUAAACUUCUUUGGCCUGACAGACAUGGGUACCACCAGGCCCUAGGUAUAGAGAGAACAGGGGCGAUCUCUGUACUGGGAUGUCAACUUCAUCACCUCUGUUUCAAUUUUUUCCCCCUCACUUGAACAAAACACUGAGAUCGUAAUUGAAAAACAGGUGCUUAAUUGCAGCUAAAUCAUAAUAGAGUAUAUAAGAGAAUCCAGGCAUAUUAAAAAAUUUCAGUUUAGACCAUCAAAGACAGCCAUCGUUACUGUCUCCUCUGAGCUUGGAAAAGCACACAAGAGAACAAAUUAAAAUCGACAAAUUGAUUUCACUUAGAAAAACUUGUAGGAACAGAGAACCACUGAUUUUAAUUUGCCUAAUUAUCUUAUGACAAGUGUCAAAUUAAGAUGACACUUAAAGAUUCUUAGCAUUAACUUAAUGAUGGAGAAGAGUGGGCUCAGCAGUCAGAUCCCAGUAAGGUAACGAGAUGCUCAUUUUCAAGAUAUUCCAAGAAGAUACUUUGAUUCAUUAAAAUAUUAAAUGAAAAGCCCUCCUAAGACUGGAACCCCAAAUCAACAGAGCAACACUAACACCACUUUUCAUGCCUCACUUUGGCGUGACAGCGUUAGCUUUUUAAAGGGCUUUACUACUUUUCCAAAGUACUAAAGAUUCGAUUUUCUAGUUACCCUAACCUUAGAAGUAGAUUUUGUGAUUCCCUCUUUUUUGGGCAGGAGUCCUUUUGCUAGCAACUAAGUAUGCAUAAAAAUCUUGACUAAACAAAAAUACUGUGAUAAUGCAUUCCCUUUUUUGAGACAGGUAUUGAACUGAAUCCUUGCUAACUCACUUUUGGAAACUCUCUAGUAAAUAGCUUUAUUCUUAUUCCACAAACAGUUCUUUUAUUUAGCACUGUUUCCUCAGCAUCCACCUUAAAUCUCAGAAUUUUCUUCCACCUUGGUUAGCUAUCUGGGAUAUUAAUAUCUUUUUGUUUCCACAGAUAUUCAAGGCAUGGGUAAUACCUUACUGCUCAAUCUGAGAUUUUAUUAUCAAUUCCCCCUUCUUUAUGCCCAUGGCCCCACACCCAGCAGUGAACAACUAUGUAUCUGUCCAGGUCUGCCCCUUACUUUUCCCAGAAUGCCAUUCACAUUUGGGUUUUGUUUUUUCACCUUGACCACAUUGUACAGUAACAUCUAAGAGCCCUUUCUACAGUGGGUGGUUUUGGUCUUUUUAUACCUUUUUCUCAAAGUCACUGAUGUUUGUCCCUGUUUAAUGUGUAGCAUUGUAAUGAGAGCCCAUCAAAUCCUGAGUGUCAUUUUGUUGUCCCUAUGGUAGGUGAAAUAGUGAUGUAGAAAAAUCUAGUAAAUUCUGAAUGCUUUUCCACGUAGACUUAUCUGGAAUGUGAACACGACUCUUUGGUUAAUAGUAAAUGCUUAACUGUAGUCCUUGAGUAGGUGCAUUUCUGUCUGUCUCAAUAAAUUUUGAUUUGUCUGCAACA